AUGGGUCCCCCGAAGCCUCCCGUUCCUCACGUCGCCCCGAUCUACCGAGUCACAGCCACUGCCCUUGGCGCGGGAAUGUGGUUCUGGCUGAUGUACCGGGCAAAGAAAGAUGGCCCCGUUCUGCUUGGAUGGAAGCACCCCUGGGACCACUAG